ACUUCUACGACUUUACGAGCAGUUUAAAAAAUGUCACAAACUACUCACCAAUUCCAAGCUGAAAUCUCACAGCUUCUUGAUUUGAUUAUCAACACUUUCUACUCAAACAAGGAAAUUUUCCUUCGUGAAUUGAUCUCCAACUCUUCAGAUGCACUCGACAAGAUCCGUUACUCAUCCCUUACUGACCCUUCAGUCCUCGACUCACAAAAGGACAUGUUCAUCAGACUCACUCCAAUCAAGGACCAAAAGUGCUUGAUCAUCCGUGAUUCUGGUGUUGGUAUGACAAAGGCUGAUUUGGUUAACAACUUGGGUACCAUCGCAAAGUCAGGUACUAAGGCUUUCAUGGAAGCUCUCUCAGCUGGUGCUGACGUUUCUAUGAUUGGUCAAUUCGGUGUUGGUUUCUACUCAGCUUACCUUGUCGCUGAAAAGGUUGAAGUCAUCACCAAGCACAACGAUGAUGAGCAAUACAUUUGGGAGUCAUCUGCUGGUGGUACUUUCACCAUCACUCAAGACACCACCAACCCACCACUCGGCCGUGGUACUGAAAUGCGUUUGUACUUGAAGGAAGACCAACUCGAAUACCUCGAGGAGAAGCGUAUCAAGGAAGUUGUUAAGAAGCACUCAGAGUUCAUCUCAUACCCAAUCCAACUUCUCGUCGAAAAGGAAGUUGAAAAGGAGGUCGAAGACGAGUCAGCUGAAGCAAAGACCGAAGACGACAAGCCAAAGAUCGAGGAAGUCGAAGAUGAAGACGCUAAGAAGGAAAAGAAGACUAAGACAGUCAAGGAAACCGUCAAGGAAGAGGAAGAGCUUAACAAGACCAAGCCAAUCUGGACCCGCAACCCACAAGACAUCUCCAACGAGGACUACGCCUCAUUCUACAAGUCUCUCACCAACGACUGGGAAGACCACUGCAGCGUCAAGCACUUCUCCGUUGAAGGUCAACUUGAAUUCAAGGCCCUCCUUUACGUUCCAAAGCGUGCUCCAUUCGACCUCUUCGAAACCAAGAAGAAGCGUAACAACAUCAAGCUCUACGUUCGUCGUGUCUUCAUUAUGGACGAUUGUGAAGAUCUUAUCCCAGAAUACCUUAACUUCAUCAAGGGUAUCGUUGACUCUGAAGAUCUCCCAUUAAACAUCUCCCGUGAGACUCUUCAACAAAACAAGAUCCUCAAGGUCAUCCGUAAGAACAUUGUCAAGAAGUGUCUUGAAGCCUUCUCAGAAAUUGCUGAGGACAAGGAGAACUUCGCCAAGUUCUACGAAGCCUUCGGCAAGAACAUCAAGCUCGGUAUCCACGAAGAUGCUCAAAACCGUGCUAAGCUCGCUGAAUUCCUCAGAUUCCACUCAACCAAGUCAGGUGAAGAGCAAACCAGCUUGAAGGACUACAUUACCCGUAUGCCAGAAGUCCAAAAGAACAUCUACUACCUCACUGGUGAAUCACUCUCAUCAGUUAAGGACUCACCAUUCUUGGAAGUUCUCAAGAAGAAGGGCUUCGAAGUUCUUCUCAUGGUUGACCCAAUUGACGAAUACGCUGUCACUCAACUCAAGGAAUUCGAGGGCCGUAAGAUGGUCUGUGUUUCUAAGGAAGGCCUUGAACUUGAAGAAACUGAAGAGGAGAAGGCUAAGCGUGAGCAAGAAGCCAAGGACUACGAAGACCUCUGUAAGUCAGUUAAGGAAGCUCUUGGUGACAAGGUCGAAAAGGUUGUUGUCUCAAACAGAAUCCAAGACUCACCAAUGGUUCUCGUUACCUCAAACUUCGGUUGGUCAGCUAACUUCGAGAGAAUCAUGAAGGCACAAGCUUUACGUGAUGCUUCAAUGUCAGCAUACAUGGCUUCAAAGAAGACUCUUGAAAUUAACCCACAAAACUCAAUCAUUCAAGAACUCAAGCGUAAGGUUCAAGAAGACUCAGCUGACAAGACUGUCCGUGACCUCACCUUCCUCUUGUUCGAAACCGCUUUACUUACCUCUGGUUUCACCCUUGAUGACCCAACCUCAUUCGCUAAGCGUAUUAACAGAAUGGUUUCACUUGGUCUUUCAAUUGACGAAACUGAAGCUGUUCCAGCUGCUACUGAGAACAAGGAUGACGUUCCUCCACUCGAAGGUGAAGGUGCUGGUGCAAUGGAAGAAAUUGACUAAAUUAAUGCUCGCAUAUAACUUUUCUUUACUUCGUUUUAGGUGUAUUUCUCAUAAAAUGACUUUU